UGGUCGUUUGACCACAGUGGAUUGUAUACGUCUGUCUACCAAUACUACGUUUGUGUUACCUACUUCAACGCAUCAAUGGUCAUGGAGAUGGAGAACUUCAAUGAAAUAUGCACCAGUGCUUUCUUUUCCGCACCGGUUGAAGAGAAUAUAGAACAAUCCAACAGUGAAUUCAAUCAGGAGCUGUGUAAAGUUUGUGAUGAAAUAGAGAAGCGGGAACUGUUCGAUUCAUCGUAUGAUGAUGAGUUGUAUACUCAAUGUUUGAUGGUUGAAACAACUUUGAUUCAACAGCAAGUUGGAAGAGGUAUCAAACGAGGUAUCACUACUGAUGAAAAUAAGGUUACCAAGAAAGCAAAAUUUGAUGAAGGAGCUUCUACAUCAUCAAUUGAAACCAAUGACGUGGACAACAAUAAGGGAGAUGACUUAAAUAUUUUUUAUUCAUCAUUAAUAGACACUGUAGUCGGUAAAAUUUGUCAAUUUGAAAAAAAAGAUAGUGGUUGGAGUCUUAAUCAAAUUAAAUACAUAGAUAUGAAUGUUAAUAAAUUCAACCCCCUACGUGGUAGUUCAUAUAUCAACCUUCCUCAAGAUAUUAAAUCAAAAAAAGCUGUAAUCAAUGUUAAAAAUAAUGAUAAUAUGUGUUUCAAAUGGGCAUUACUCUCCGGUUUAUAUCCUGUAUGUAAAAAUGUAGAUCGGGUAGCAUCUUACGCAAUUCAUGGAAAUAAACUAAAAUUUACUGGUAUUUCUUUUCCGGUUAAAAUUGCAGAUAUAUCAAAAGUAGAGAAAUUAAACAAUAUUAGUAUUAAUGUUUUUGGCUUAGAGUAUAAUAAAGAAAAAAGGUGUAAUUCUGUUGUAGGUCCUUUAUAUUUAACAAAAUGUCGUACACCUAAUCAUAUUAACCUACUAUAUAUAUCGAAUGGUACUAACAAUCAUUACUGUUAUAUUAAAAACUUAUCGCGAUUAGUUAGUUCACAAAUAUCAAGACAACAUCAUGCAGUUUAUAUAUGUGAUUCAUGUUUACUUCAUUUCCCAUCAAAGGAAAGACUUAAUAACCAUCAACAAUAUGAUUGCGCUCACAUUUGUACGGAAUUACCAAACGGUGAGGAUUCCAAAAAGGAUUGGUUUGGUAAUGCAACCUCAAAUAAUAAAUUAAAAUUUGAUAAAUUCGCGAAAAAGUUGGAAAUGCCCUUUAUGAUUUAUGCAGACUUUAAGGCAUUUUUGAAUCCGAUAGAAUCAUGUAGUAACGAUCCAUCCAAGCCUAGUACAAUUAAUAUUCAGAAACAUGAAGUGUAUAGUUUUGGAUAUUACAUUAAAUGUUCAUAUGAUAACAGAUUAUCAAAAUAUGAGACGUAUAGUGGGUCAAACUGUGCACAAGUGUUUAUGAAUCGCCUUUGUGAAGAUGUGAAAACAAUAGUUAAAAAAAAUAGUUUCCAAAAAUGUCACGUUCCAUUAUCAGAUGAAGAUAAAAUUAAAAUUUCAAAUUCAAACAUAUGUCAUAUUUGUGAAACUGAGUUAAAUGAAGAUCUUUUUUACGAUUUUGAUUGGCACACUGGCAGUUUUAGGGGUGUUGCACAUCAAGUGUGUAGUUCUAAGUACAGAACCCCUCGUCAUAUCCCAAUAUUUUUACAUAACUUCAGUCACUACCAUGCUCAUUUCAUUGUCAAUGCAUUAAACCUCGAUGAUGACAAAUUUGAAGUUAUUCCACAAAAUAAAGAACGAUACAUAUCAUUUUCAAAACAGUUAACAAUAAAUAAUCAACCAGUAAGUUUAAGAUUUGUAGAUUCAUUGAAAUUUUUAUCGUGUAGUUUAGAUCAACUAGCUAAAAAUCUUAAUGAUGAUCAGUUUACAGAACUAAAAAGGAACUAUCCUAAUAAUGAAGAUUUUUCACGUUUAAGACGGAAAGGUAUUUAUCCUUAUGAAUUUAUGUGUAAUAGUGAUUGCUUGAAACAUCCAUCACUUCCUGAUCAACACCAAUUUUAUAGUUCACUCACAGAUUCAAAUAUUUCAAAUGAUGAUUAUAAUUACGCAAAAGAUAUUUGGCAACAUUUUAAGUGUAGUAGUAUGUCUGAUUAUUCCAAUUUAUAUUUAAAAACUGAUGUUUUACUUUUGACUGAUGUAUUCGAAAACUUUAGAAAGCUUUGUAUUAAAACUUAUGGAUUAGAUCCUGCCCAUUACUAUACUGCCCCAGCUGGUAUUAGAGGGGGUGUGUCUCAGUGUAGCAAUCGUUAUGCUAGAGCAAAUAAUAAAUUCAUGGAAGAUUAUGAUAGUGAAAAACCUAAUUCAUAUCUCACAUAUUUUGAUGCGAAUAAUUUAUAUGGUUGGGCAAUGUCUCAAUCUCUUCCUGUUGGUGGUUUCGAAUGGGUAGAUUCUAAUACAGAUUAUAAUGUGUCGGAUAACUCUGAUUUCGGUUAUGUUUUAGAAGUUGAUUUGGAAUAUCCUGAUGAACUUCAUGAUUUGCAUUCUGACUUUCCGUUAUGUCCUGAAAACAUAUGUGUGGGUAAUACUAAAGAAUCUAAAUUAGUUCCUAAUUUAAAUAAUAAAAAUAAAUACAUCAUUCAUUACAGGAAUUUAAAACAAUGCGUUGAAAUGGGGAUUAAAUUAAUAAAAGUACAUAGAAUUUUAAAAUUUAAACAGAGUUCUUGGUUAAAGAAAUACAUAGACUUAAAUACUAGUUUGAGAACGUUAGCUACAUCAAACUUUGAAAAAGACUUUUUUAAAUUAAUGAAUAAUUCUGUCUUCGGUAAGACUAUGGAAAAUAUUGAAAAAAGAGUAAACGUUAAACUACUAACUCACUGGGAUAAUCGUGGUAAAGUUUUAGGUGCUCAGGAUUGGAUUGCAAAACCAGAAUUCCAUAGUUUAUCAAUAUUUUCAGAACAUUUAGUCGCAAUACAAUUACGGAAAACAAAAUUAAUUUAUGACAAACCGAUUUAUUUAGGAUUUUGUAUUUUAGAUAUAUCUAAGACCCUUAUGUAUGAAUUUCAUUAUAACUACAUGAUUAAAAAGUUUCAUAAUAAAAUUAAGUUAUUGUACACUGAUACCGAUAGUUUGAUAUAUCAAAUUUUUACAGACAAUUUUUAUGAGGAUAUAAAACCAGAUCUACUUCACUAUUUCGAUACAUCAGAUUACCCGGAAAAUAAUAUUUACGGAUAUCCAAAAAUAAAUAAAAAAAAGUUAGGUUUUUUUAAAGAUGAGAAUAAUGGUAAAGUAUUGAAGGAAUUUGUAGGGUUGCGAUCAAAAAUGUAUGCCUUAGAAAUAGAAGAUAAAUUUAUAGCAAAGACAAAAGGAGUUAACAAAAGUGUUACCAAAAAAAUGAAUAUGGAAAAUUACAAAUCGUGUUUGUUUAAUAAAAAUGUAUUAUAUUGUAGUAUGCUUCGAUUUAAGUCAAUCAAACACACUAUUUUUACACAAAAAAUAAAUAAAACAUCUUUGUCAUAUAAUGACACCAAACGAUGUAUUAUGGACAACAACAUUGAUACAUUGGCUUGGGGACAUUAUAAGUUACGCUAA